CACCACAACAGCAUCGGUACCGGCACCGCAACAACACCGGCACCGCAACAGCAUCGCACCAUCGCCGCAACAGCGCCGGUACCGGACCGGUACCGACACCGCCCCGCACCUAGGGCCGGAGCGAAGCAGAGCCGCCCUGGCCGAGCCGCUUCCCUCCAGCGAUGGCAGAGGCCUCGCAGGGGCACCGAGGGCACGUCCUGCUGCCCAGGAGCUGCUGCCACCCCCGGGGAGCGGCCAGCAGCCAUGCUGAGCUGGCUGCCUGCACCAUGACCCUCGCCACCGCCACCCCAGCCAGCAGCGUGGCCCAGGCUUUCUUCUGCCUCCUGCUCUGCAUCCCCUGGGGCAGCUCCUGCCCCCCCAGCUGCCAGUGCACGGAGCGGGCGGGGGCCAAGGCUGUGCUCUGCAGCUCCCAGCACCUGCAGGAGAUCCCCAAGGACAUCCCCAGGGAUGUGGUGUUCCUCAAGCUGGAUGCCAACAGCAUCACCAGGAUCCCCAGCAACGCCUUCCGGCACCUGUCCCGCCUGGAGGAGAUCGACCUGUCCGGGAACGCCAUCGAGCAGAUCGACAGGGCGGCGUUCAGAGGGGUGGCGGCCGGGCUGCGCAGCCUCGACCUCUCCGGGAACCGCAUCCGCAGCGUGCCCAAGGAGGCGCUGCUGGCUCUCAACGCCGAGCUGCGGCUGGGCAGCAACCCCUGGCACUGCGAGUGCGCCUUGCAGGAGGUGCUGUGGGAGGCGCGGCUGGACCCGGACUCGGUGCGGGACAUCACCUGCCACACGGCGCCGCGCCAGGAGUUCGUGGGCAAGCCGCUGCUGCAGGUGCUGGACGCCGGCGCCAACUUCUGCAGCGUGCGCCGGAGGACCAUGGAUGUGGCCGUGCUGGUCACCAUGUUCGGCUGGUUCGCCAUGCUCGUCGCCUAUGUCACCUGCUACGCGCGGCACAACCGGGAGCGCUCCCGCCGGCACUCGCUGCCCGGCGCCCAGCCCCGCGCUGAGACUGCCCUGUAGUGCAGGGCUGGGCUGCCAGCGGCCAGCUCCUCCUGCUGGGCAUCAAAGCUUCUCGGUGGGACUGCCGAAGUGCCACCAGUGUCCCUCCCCAGCGACGCCGGACUGAGCGUGAGCAAACGGCACGGGGGGGAGGGAUGGCAGGGACA